GGCGUCUGUUUAGUCUACGUCAGCGCUGCCAGCGUGGAGAGUCACCAGGAAGUCACACCAUUCAAUUGGCUAUACAAAUAUUGAGCAAGGAUACGUGAGCAGGAUUUUUGUGCUUCUUGGAUUUGUUUUCUUAAAAUAUAAAGCCUGCUAUAACAAAUAGGGACGCGGAGAGUCCCUGCGACUGGGCUUUCAACACUGCACGGAGAAGCCGCACGUGAAGAUGAUGGACCCUACACUUGUAGAGAUGGGGAACCAUCUCUCUGAUGCCAUGAAGAUUUUGGAAAGCGAGAAUUUGGAGACAGAACAGGUCAAAGCAAGAAGAAAGCUGAGUUGGAAAGAUAUUCCAGGAUCCUUGAAAGGAGAUGGACAGGAUGUUGUGAGCAUACUCCAGCUAGUCCAGAACCUGAUGCAUGAAAAUGAUGACAUGCAGGGUCAUCGCAGGAUGCAUUAUGUCAGAGCGCAGGGACACAUGGCUCUGUUGGGACACAGUCUGGCUGCAUAUAUUUCUGUCCUGGAUCGAGAAAGACUGAGAAAGCUGACCACACGCAUCCUGUCAGAGACCACUCUCUGGCUCUGCAGGCUUUUCAAAUAUGAAAAUGGCUCAGCUUAUUACCACGAAGAUGACUGCGAGGGGCUGCUGAAGGUGUGCCGUCUGGUCAUUCAUACUCAUUAUGAGGACUAUGCUACCGAGGGCUUUACUGUUCUCAUCUCUAAACAGCCUGUUGUUUACCAAAGUGCUGCAUGCAGAGCUGGCCUGGGACAACAUCUCUGUUGCCAGCUGGGACUGCCUCUGUCAAGUCUUUGUAUUGUACCCUGUAACACAAUGUUUGGUUCCUUGCACCAAAUGGAUGUUGCAUUGCUUGACAGGCUGAUAAAAGAUGAUCAGGACUCAGGGAAGGUUCCGCUGUUGUUGAUCGCGAAUGCUGGAACGCCAGGUGCAGGUCACACAGACAAACUCAGUCGUCUUAAAGAGCUCUGCGUUCAGUACAACAUGUGGCUCCAUGUCGAGGGGGUGAAUUUGGCAACACUUGCUCUUGGUCAGGUCCCCUCCACUGUCACGGCGGCUACCAAGUGUGACAGUAUGACUUUAACCCCAGGCCCAUGGUUGGGUCUGCCAGCAGUGCCUGCUGUCACUCUCUACAGACAUGAGGAUCCAGCUCUGUCCCUUGCGGUUGGUCUGACGUCCAGCCAACCAGUAGAGAAGCUGCUGGCUUUGCCACUCUGGCUGUCCCUGCAGUUCCUUGGGCACGAUGGGAUUGUAGAGAGGAUUAAGCAUGCCGCACAGCUAAGUCAACAACUUUUGGAGCACUUAAAGACACUGGCUUCAAUAAAGACCUCGGAUGUGGUGUCUCAUUCCCGGGUCCCUCCCAUCUCCGGGGGCUCGCUGCGGGACGUGCUGGGCUCUCUUAUACUCUCUAUUGUGGAGGAUGAACUGAAUUCUCCAGUGGUCGUUUUCAGGUUUUCACAAGAGACCAGUGCUCCGUCAAGUGGCGGCUCAACAUUGGAAUAUUUUGCAAGGGAAAGAGAGUUCCUCGAUGCUCUUAACAGAUGGUUGGGUGAGCAGUUGGCACAGCAGGUGCCCAUCAGUGGUGUGAAUGUGGUUGAGCUGGAAGAUGAGGGCACAUGUGUUUGUUUCAACCCCCUCAUGACUGCUACAGCACUUGGCACUCAGGAGAAUGAUGUGGCUUCACUGGUGGAGAAGCUGGGAAUGAUGAUUCCAGUGCUGAGCUGCACCCUGCGCUUCAGACUGUACUUCAAAGAUGAGGUGCUUCAACAGGCUUCCCUCUCUUACAUUGAGGAUCUGAGCUGGCCUGGUCUGGGAGGUGUGAGGUAUGAGCCCAGAAGCACAGAUCUUUCUGAAGAUAAGAGACAACAGAGAGUGGAGAGGAUCAACAGCGACCUGCUUAAGAAACUGAAGGAGCUGGAUACAGACCUUAGCUUCUCAGUUGGCCCUGAGUUUUGUGAAGAGAAAAAUUGCAUAUUUAUUGGAAUGGCAACAGAGGACUUAGAUGUGGCAGAGUUAGUGGAAACCAUAUUGUCUGUUGGGAAAGACAUUGAGGAAAGUGGAAAGUUAUUUGAGAACAUGACUGAAGUAGUAAGAAAAGGCAUUCAGGAAGCUGAGCAGCAGCUUCAGAAAGACAAUGAAGAGAAGCUUAUGGAGGAGGGUGUGCUUCGACAGAUCCCACUGGUGGGCUCUGUGCUAAACUGGUUCUCUCCGGUGCAGGCUUCUGUCAAAGGCAGGACUUUCAACCUGGCUGAAGGUUCUCUGGACAGCACUGAACCUGUGUACUCUGUUAAAGCCCAGAUGAGCAAAGACGCCUCCCCUGAUUCCUCCAAGUCCAGCACUAAACGGUUACCAGGCCAAAAACUCUUCAGGCGCCAUGGAGCAGGCUCUGAUUCUAUCAGGGAGACCAGCUCUGUUGGCCAGUUUGAAGAAUCAUUCAGGGAAGCAGCACCCAUUCAGUCUGCUGAGGAAGACGUGGCUGAGGUCCCUCAGGAGCAUUCUUCACAUGCAGAUGAGGAAGCAAUCUCAUCAGACCAGCGUGUACCAGAGGGCCAAGAAACAGAGAGUGCAGACACUCUUAGAUAAGACUCCUAAAUGGGUGCCCAUGCAGUUGAGCUCUGUAUUACAGAGGAACCUGCAACCAUGACCCUGAUGCCUUGAGCAAGCCACUCUUGAAAAAGGGGUAGUUCACCCAAAAUGAAAAUUCUUUCAUCAUUGACUGAGAUAGAAAUUCAUAGGUGUUUGGAACAAUAUUAGGGUGAGCAAAUAAGGAGAGAAAUUGUAUUUUUGUGUGAACUGUCCCUUUAAGAAAUGAAGCAGCUUUAAAUGCAAAUUACAAAACACUGGAAUUUCAUUAAAAUACUAUCUAAAUACACAUCCAAAUCUCACAUGCCCAGUUCUUAGUGAGAAGAUAAGCAAUUGCUCAUUUUAAUAUUUUGAUUAAUCAUAUUUUUAUAUUUUAAUGUUGGGGUCAGCUCACAAUUGUUUAUGUGCACUGCAAGUAUCUCUUUGCAUAAUCGGUGACUUUAUUGUACUUCAAAUUUCGGUUAUGGACACUUUCCCGGAUCUUAUUUAUAGGCCUGUCUGACAGGUUUUUCUGACUCGUUUAGGCACACUUUAUUUACACAACUUAAGGGCUAUUGUGGCCCUCCCAUCAUGAUGUCAAAAUGUCUUGUUUGUCAUAAGCUGCUCUUAUGUUAGCUUGAUGUAUAUGCAGAGACUUGUAGAAGGAAAGUUCUCAUGCUUGAAGACUCACACGACUGUUUCUAAUAAGAAAAAUUAUAGCCUUAUUGCACUUUUUAUGUACAGAAUGUCACACUUUAAUCAGAACAACUGAAUAUUUAUGUAUUCUACAAAUGAUUCUAUUUGAGGACAUUAGACUAUUUAGAGACAAGAGUAACAUUUGUCUAAACUUACCGUAAUUCCCUUGAAGUGUGAGGAUUUCAAAUCACACAGAUCCAUCCAGCACUUCUGGCUUUACCAAUAGUGAAAUGAUGAUUAUACUGCUCUCACUGUGAAGAAUGUUUCAGAUGUGUUUGUUGAGUAAUUGUUAAAAAAAAAUGUUUAUGUUUAUGAAGGCUAAAUAUGAUGUACCAAGAUUAAUAUUUGUGGUUUACACUAACGUUAAUUGUUUUAACACAAAACUCAUUGCUACUCGGAAAUUAUGUUGUUCUGUGCUUUUAAGCAUAUGAAUAUUGUGUUAAAACUCCAUCCAUGAAAGAAAUGACAAUACAGCUACUGUAGAUCACACCCGUCCAUAUUUUAUUUCAGGCAUGAAGUGCUCUUUUCAGAACUGUGCUUCCUUACUGAAUAAUGUAACUGUAAAUCUGCUCACCCUUUUUCAGAUUUAUUCUAUCUUAACUGGUGCAAUAAAUUACUGGGUUUUUGUUUAGGGGAGAGGAGUACUGACUUGAAAUAGUGUGUCAAAAAGAGUAGAAUAGUUGGUUUUAUAAUUACAAUAAUUUUAUUUUACAAUGAGCAAUGAUGUAAAAUGACAAUUAAAAAAUGUUU